UUGCAUUUUUAAAGAGAUCGAUUCAGUCACUGAAAAUAUUCAUCAUGAAGCAUCCCAUUAUCUUUAUUUGGAUGAUAAAUGGAAUUAAAUCAUUUAUUAUACCAAAUUUUAAUAAAAUAUCCGAAGAAAGUCCGAAAAAAUUUACAGAAAUUACAAGUAAAAUUCCAAUAAUAUCUCAUGAAGAAAACUUCUUAGAAUGUGAACAUACACACAAAUAUUGCAUGAAACCCAAUCCUCUACUGAUGGGUAAUUCACUUUGUCAUUGUAAUUCCAAAUGUUACAAAUAUGGUGACUGUUGUUGGGAUUCUGCACAUGAUAAAAGCGAUCAAGUAAUUCGUGUGAAGUUUGAGUGUAUUCGUUUAAAAGACGAAUUAGAUUCUCCAGCUUAUUAUAUGAUUUCUCAUUGUCCUUCCCAUUGGUUGGAUCAAGAAACUAAAUCUUGGUGCGAAGAGGUGGAUCUCUAUCCUGAUGACCUUCUCCUCUACAUACCAGUUACUAGUAAAUCUAAUUAUUACGUUUAUAGGAACGUAUUCUGCGCCAUGUGUAAUGAUGUUCACGAUGUGCAAGCGUGGACACCAUACACUUCGUGUUAUAAUAGCAGCCAAAGUUGUCUAGUAACGAUUGUACCUCCUGACUUAGUUCCAAAACCGAAAGAAUGUGACUGGCAUGGGAUCUUUGUGUGCCAUCAUGGUACUUCAUUGGUUCGUUACAACUGUGCCACAUAUUAUGCUCCAGUGAAAUACACUGAUUUGAAUGGAAUUGAAUAUAUAUACAAGAAUAAAUUCUGUGCCUUUUGUGCUGGUUUAACAGAAGAUCAAUUGCAAUGUUCCAUAAGAAACUCCUUGCGUAAAGAUUUAAAUCUGGAAUUAUCCAUUGCAAUUCUCUUGGAUCUCGAUUUCAUUCAAGGAGGAAUUAUUGUUGGCAACACAAACAGAUGUCCCGAAGGAUAUAUAUAUGAUCCAUGGAAGGAAAAAUGUCGAAGUAUUUAUUGUGGAAAAUUGUUUUAUUAUAAAGAUGGAAAGUGUGUUAAAUUAUCAAGUAGAAAUGGAGAUAGUGAUUUAAUUUGGAUGAACGGCAGUCUCGAUAAAGAUUGCAAUAAACUGUCUAUAGAGAAGAAUUCAUACGUAAUAUACGAAAAUGGAACAAUGGUGUUAUUAGAAGACAGAACUGUUUUCCCAUACGGAAGCUAUGAAAUUAGCAAUAACGAGAGCAUCUUGAUAUGCGCACAGAACCAAAAUAUAAGAAAAUUUCCCGAAGAACAAACAUAUUUAACCAUUAUAUGCCUAUCAAUGUCGAUAUCUUGUUUAAUUUUGAAGAUACUUUUAUUCAUAACGCAUGUAGAACAGCAUAAACUAUCAACUGUCUUAAUAUUUUACUUAUCUCUUUCGUUGUUCUUUGCUCAGUUACUAUUUUUGAUAGGCGAAGCAGAGCUUUAUAGACCACUUUGUAUAAUUAUUGCUGUGAGUACACAUUACUUCUUCCUUGUUACAAUAUUCUGUAGUAACGUCCUUGCUUUUGACAUCUGGAAAACGUUCACGAAUUUAAACAGGACCCCAAAUUAUAAAUUCAAAUAUCUUCCAUAUUAUUCGUUAUAUUGCUGGGGCAUUCCAUCAGUUAUCGUGUUAUCAGCCUCAAUUAUAGAAUGGGCAUUUCGUGGUAAAUUUGCUCCAAUGUAUGGUCAAUACGUGUGUUGGAUCUCAAAUCGUUUUGCCUUAUUAAUCUUUUUUGCUAUACCUUCAGGGAUAAUUUUAUUAACUAAUGUUGUACUGUUCAUAGUCACUACAUUUUCUAUCGUUAAAGCAUCAAAGUCUACGAAAGUAGCUCGAGAAAAUGCACAAGAAAAAAGGCAUUUUCGAUUUCUUUUAUACAUCAAAUUAGCCUUAAUAAUGGGAUUAUCUUGGAUUUUUGGAUUUAUAUCCGCUUAUUCUAACAGCAAUAUAUUAUGGUAUUUAUUUAUUAUACUUAACGGACUUCAGGGUGCAUUUAUACUCACAGCAUUCACUCGUAUAGAUACAAUUAAAGAAUUCAUAAGAAAAGUUCCAGGGAAAGAAACAAUUUAUAAUUGUGGUUUGAAAGCUUCCCAUAUAUCAAUAGCUUGUAUCAAUAGAAGUAAGACUUGAGCUGUACUGAAUGGCCUAAAAGUCAGUUAACCAUUGAAAAAGUUUCUCUUCAAAUAUUUAAUUAUACUUGUUCUAAACUCCUCAUAUUCGCAAGUGCAUUUAGAACAUAUAAAACGUAAUUAAUUAACUGAUUUUGGGCCCUAAUAUACAGUGGACUAUCGCGGACACGCAAAAAUUACGACGAUUGCGUUACAUGGUUUUUGCGUAACAUUACUCAAUUUUGUAACAUUUAAUAACAUUAACUUACGAGGUUUCAUUUAUAAUGGUUUUAUUACCACGAAGAAAGAGAUUCUACAAUGAAGUGUUUUUGUUUAAAAUAGCAAUAAUAUUCUCGUAAUUUAUAU